AUGGACUCUUCGAAUAACCAAGAGGACCAGCGGACAAUAACCAGCAGGAACGUGCUUCCCUCUUGGAGUGCGGACUAUCAUGGACUUACUCCGUUGAGAGGGUUCGCAAACUCCUCAGUCCUAUGCUACCGGAACUCUGCCCUGUGUGUUAUCCUACACUCACCUCUUUUGAUCAAUUGGAUGGCAUCACACUAUGAAGAACAUCUCACAGACCGAUGUGUUAUAUGUCUGUUGCACCGUCUUGUGGUGUCGUUCUGGAAAGGAGACAGCAGCGGCGAGGAUAAGGAUGCCGUCCUGGAGCAAUUCUGGACUCGGAUCCGGGAAUAUGGAUGUACAUGGUCUAAACAGAGUCCAGAAGAGCAGCAGGAUGUACGGGAGUUUAUUGAAAGCAUAUUCAAUCAGAUGAUCCUGGAUAGUGACGGAAUGGAACCAUUUGACCUGGCCGAGCUUCUCAAGAUAAAGUCCAGUCUGAGUCUCAAGUGCAAGGCAUGCAGCAAGGUAAUGACGCCAUCGGAUCAAGUAUGGUUUUGCUCGCCCCGAGAUGGUCCAAAUUUGAGAGAGGAAGAAGCGCCCAUUGAAAUCGGGCAUUUAAUCAAGCGUCGCUACUCAGAUUCAACCGAAAAUUUUGGUUGUGAACAGUGCAAGACCGAGACUGGCCAUGCUCGGUCUGAAGAUGUCACCGAAAUUCCCGAGAUUCUGCUCAUUUGUUUAAACAGAAUGGAUGAUGACAAGAUGAAAUCAUUUUGGAAUGUAAGCCUCAGUGACCAGAUGGUUCUCCCUGAUUCCCUACGCGGAUGCCUGGCAGAUAAGGAUGAUAUUAAGUACGAACUGUACGUAAUUAUAUUCCACGACGGUGACUCCAUCAAAAGCGGUCAUUAUACGGCUGCAGUUCGAGCGCCCACCGGGAAGUGGAUGUUGAUGAACGACGACGCCGAAGCACGGCCUAUGCAGUCCCUGGAGACACUGAUGAACAUGGGCGAAGGAAACACGAAGCACAGCGCUACUGCCUACGUGUUAGUGUAUCGACGCCUGCCCCUUGGGGGCGAGUCUGCGCCCGCCGAGGGCCAGACUGCACCUACACUUGCUAAGGGCGAGUCUGCGGCUGUCGGGGACAACUCGAAGCAAGAGCAGGCACAAGGCGACGCAUCCGGGCCUUCCGAGGACGUCUUAGAUCAAACGCAAGCCAUGCCGCUCGAGGAGCCGUCGCCCACCGAUCCGGCCGUCGAUCCGGCCGUGCUGGUUCCUGAUUUAGAGAUCGCUCCCAGUUCUCCCAGCCCCGUCGGCUCCCGGGCGUCGCGUCCGGGGUCACCAGUGCGACCUGGGGUGACGAUGGAUGGAACCAUCAGUCUCGACGGCCGGGAAGUUGAAUGGAAGAUUCAGCAGCAACUGACCAUGCCUUCAGACGCCGGUCCCCUGAUUAAGGUGAAACCUCGAGCCAAAGUCCAGCGUGCUAACAUCCGGCUCACCCUCACCUCCGGGGAGGAGGUUCUGGAAGGAGAAGUCACCAUCUCGCUGAAGCCCGCGGUGUCGAAAUCCCGGCCACAGAAACCGGCCAAGACUCCCAAAACUAUGAACACCAAGGCAAAGAAAGCAACCGACAAGGCAGGCCAGAAGAAGGCGAAAGCGACGACAUCCAGCAAGCAAGCCAAGCCUGAGGGGGUCAAGAAGGGGACCAAAGCAGGAAAAACCGCAAAGUCGAACACCAAGACUAAGGCUACUACUAAGAUUACUACUACUAAGGCUACCACCACGGCUACCAGGGCAGGACAGACCAAGAAGCCAAGCAAGAAGGCUAAGGGAACUCGCUAG